GGCAGACCCGGCAACAUUUCUCGGUUGUAUUUGUGGUAGAUUAGCCGAGAGGACCCGAGUCCAUUCGCGCAAAUUGUUUUAUUGUCCUCGUCGGUGUAAAGUCAAUACUCUUUCACUCAUGUAAUCUUAACAAAAGCGUGCAUCAUUGCCGCGAACAAAGAAAAUCGGCGACGUUUUACGACAUCGCAUUCCGGCUUCGCCCGGCAACCAGGCAGCUGCCAGUCAUCCGAUGAGUUUAAAAAGAGUGCCGCGGAGUCCCAAGCUACCAGAACCCAACCUUCAGAGCUCUUUACCGCACCAGAAGCCUAACUAAAACAACAACUGAGACGAAGAUGAGGACGUGUGUGUUGCAGUGUUGCCUGACCCUGCUGGGUUUGUCUCUGGUGCUGUGCAGUAACGGCGUCUCUUCUCAGCCGGACCUGGAUCUGCGACACCGCAGACUUCUGCAAAGAGUUCAGGCCCUUGGCGUGGCUGCACAGGAGUGGACUAAGAAUGAUCUGAAGGCCAUUCUAGCCCAGCUCACCAUGCCCGAGUCAGAGUUUCAGGAGAGCGAUGUUUCUACUCUGGGGACGAAACAAGAUCUCACAGUGGAAUUAGAGCGAUCAGCAGAAGAUCCCAACAGCCUUCCACCUCGAGAGCGAAAAGCAGGCUGCAAGAACUUCUACUGGAAAGGAUUCACUUCCUGCUGAAGUGCUGCCUCUCUUGUCACAUGACCCAACACUGGCCACUCCAGGGUCACUGCUGCUGAAUGGCCCCGCCUUCACCUGUGACCCACCAGUGAGGUCGAAUCAGUAGCUGAUUUCUAUCAAUUAAUCAUAUCAAUCAGAUUCAGUUG